AUGAAAACAAAAAUCUGGAUAUUGUCAUUGCUGAAUGAUAAUGUCAGUAUUGAUAAAAGAUUGACUAGGGACCUGCUGUUAAUGCUUGCCAUCGCUCACAACCAGAACCAGAAAUUCCAAAAUUUUAGCAUGGACUUAUUUAGUAUAUUUAUUGGGCUUUAUUUAGUACCUGAAGUGUUGAGCACCCAUGAAAUAGGUGGUUCAGCAGAGGAGGAGGUUAUUAAGACACUGGAGCAACGAUGGGAGUUAAUAGAAUCCCAGUUAAAGAUGUUAAGCUUAGAAGUGAAAACUUUGAAAAGUCAGGGCAAUAGCAGUGGUGAUUCAUGUGAAAUUCAAGAUGAAGUUGCUCCUAAUCCCAAGGAUUUUCAAAUGCAACACACAAGGACCAAAGCUGUUGUAAUUGCUAAACACCUGUGCCCUCCAUUUUCUCUUCUUUUCAUGGCUAAACAGCUAAAAACUGUGUGUAGAGCACUUAUUAUUCAUCAUGCUCAUUCUUCCAUUAACUCUGUGGCUGCCAUUGAACAAAUUACUGGUCAAAAUAAUGAAUAUCAACGAAAUAGUGUAGAUAUUGCUUAUGAUGUGGUUUUUAUUUGGGAGAGGGACUCUCUUACUACUUUAUCGGUAUCACCUCUGAGUCAAGUUCCUAUUUCAGGUGAAGUUAAUAUUUUAAGAUACUUUUGUCGAGAAUAUGAGAAAUGGCCAGGAAGUGUAUCACUGUAUGAAAAGAGAAGCAUUUUAGAAAGUACAUUAAUAGAUGUGUGGUUGGAUCGAAUACAUUUUGGGCUAUCACAUUCCUCAGGAAAACAAAUAAACACCUGCAUUCGAGAUAUUGAAAAACAUUUAUUAAAAAAUAAGUGGUUAGUAGGGAAUUCCCCUAGUCUUGCUGACAUAGCACUUUGGUCUGCUGUGCAGCAGUGCAAAGAAUUCAUGGCAUCUCCUUCAAUCAAGAAAUGGGUUGAAGAAUUCAAUCCCGAAGGAUGGUUUAAAAUUAGUUCAGAUGCAAUACUCUAA